GCCAGACUGUCGAAGGAAACGUAAGGACCCUCCCGUCGAAAUACGCUGCCGGUAAUCACAGAACGGAAUUCCCUUAACUGAAAAAGUAGGUGCCAUGGAUGGGCAUGGGAGGUUGUGGAGGGGCAUCGGGCACAAGUGCAUUCUGGGACUAACCCUGCUGCUCCUGCUGUUUGAGAUCGUCGUCAGCCGCCUCUGCAACUGCCUAAUCAACAUGGUGGACGGUUUCCACACCCUCUACAUCCUCCUCCACCUGUCGCUCCAGCAGCCCUGGCCGGCACAUACUCCUCCUCCAUCUCCCCCUCCUCUGGCCUCUCAUACGACUCCUUCUCUGGCCGCGUCUCCUCACAUCAUCUCCUCAAACUCACACAUCACUUCCUGCCCCCACCCCGACUCCUCUCCCCCCAGCAGUCCUCGCCCCGACCUUAACGUCAGGUCCUCUGCCGGGCCCGUCCCUACUGUGGGUUGUGACCCCGCUUCCCCUCUCUCGCGCGUCAUGCCGUCGCGUGUCCAGCCGUUCGGGGCGCUGGUGUCGGCGCUGCUCGUGGCCUCCCUGUGCGUUUCAGUCACGCUGGAGAUUCUCAACCACAUCUUCCAGCCACACCCCAUCCAGAGACCCAUCCUGGCCACGGCAGCCAGCGCCCUCAGCCUGCUCUUCAACGUCGCCAUGCUGGGCCUCGCUUGGGCCCGACCCGCGCUCAGGCCUGCAGGGUCCGUGUCUGAGCAUCUUGGCUUAGAGUCAGCUGUGGCAAAAGCGACAGAAGACGGGUUGGCGAAGGGAGCUCUUCGAGACGGGUCUCUUUUGUUCUGUAACCCUGGUGCCCCCAGCGUGCUGGAUCCCGACAGCGAGUCUGUGACCCCAAAGACCACUGACUCUCUGGGAUCUAGUAAACAACACGCAAGGUCGUCCUCUUCAGAACUGAAGGACUCUGAGGAGCCUGCAAAGGAACAUCUUCAGUCCAACUCCAGGGCUCUUGAGCUAACCAAUGUUCCGUCUCAGGUUCCUAUGCACAGCCACACUGGAUAUCCAGCAAGCCUGUGUGUCCCUCCUUUGUCAGUACCCUACAAAGCACCUCUCAGAGGUCACCAGAGCAGCUGUCUAUGCCGGGUUCUCAUCGCCAUCCUCCGUGACCUGCUGUGCCCAUGCCUGGCCCUCGCCAACGCCCUGACCGCUCUACUGGGCAGCCCUGACUGCCACCACCCGCAGGAGUCGUGCAGCUCUAUGGUCUUCCUGGACCCGGCGCUGUCCAUGAUGGCCGUGCUGGUGCUUCUGGCCUGUGCCUUGCCCGAGGUGCGUCGUAUGGGCCUGCUGCUGCUGCAGAGCUGCCCCCCGGGCCUCAGCGUGCCAGAGCUCCGGCAGGGGCUCCUGGCCGUGCGCGGCGUGGAAGGCGUGCACGAGCUCCAUGUGUGGCAGCUGACCGAGAGCUGCCUGGUGGCCUCCGUGCACGUGCACGUGAACGCUCACUGCUGGCGGCAGGGGCCGGAUAAGGUUGUUGCCGGGGUGAUGGAAACACUACACAGAGCCGGAGUGAGCAUGUGUACGGUCCAGCCAGAGCUUGCCACGGAGAGUCUAAACGGAGAGCCGGCCUUGCCAGCUGCGCCUGGUAAUCUAGUUGUGGGUCGGCCCUGCAGUCUGCCCUGUAGGAAGGAGUGUUUGGAUAAGAUGUGCUGCACACCCCGGAAGAAAGCUGGUGUCGGUGAUGGGGCGCCACCUAGUGGCGAUGCAGAAGAGAAGGCCCCACAGGCUGUGAUCAUUGAGAACACUUUCUUGUGAUGAAAUGUGUACUUGUUUCUCUUUUCAGCAGAGGCUGAGCACAUUACAACUGAAUGUUGUACAUUCAGUUAUACUAAGUUGUAGUUAUAAGACUUGUA